CGGCGAGCCAGUCGAGCUAUAGCCAUGCGUACCUCGGCUUGUCAGAAUGGCGACCGAGCAUCAGUCAGUCCCCUCAACGUCACGGAAAUAUGUAGAGGCCAUCCCUCAAUCCCAGACUUUCAAACUGGGGGUUCUGGCCUAGACUUUUACUUGCGCCUUCUUUGUUUCGCUCUGUGCUAUUUAGACUGCUCGUGCUGCAGCGAGACCGCCCGUGGCCAGUAUCCAUCCAGAGCACUUCCAUCGCAAACAAGGGAGAAUCACCGCCAUCAUGGCUGGCAGGGUACGACAGCCCAUCGACGAGGCGGCCUUUGGGAAAUAUAUCUCUGAGAAUGUGCCCGCGAUCAAAACUCCGUUCGACUUGAAGCAGUUCGGCUUCGGUCAAUCGAAUCCCACGUACCAGAUCACGGCCGCCGACGGCCAGCGCUUCGUGAUGCGCAAGAAGCCGCCGGGCAAGCUGCUUUCCAAAACCGCCCACAAGGUCGAGCGCGAGUACCGCGUCCUGCACGCCCUCGAGCACACAGACGUCGCCGUCCCCAAGACGUAUGGCUUGUGCGAGGAUGAAUCCAUCAUCGGCACCCCGUUCUACAUCAUGGAGUUCCUGGACGGGCGCAUUUUCGAGGACUUUACCAUGCCCGGCGUCAGCCCCGCAGAGCGCGAGGCCAUGUGGCGCGACGCUGUGAAGACGCUGGCGCGGUUCCAUGCCGUCGACUACAAGAAGGUCGGGCUGGAGCGGUUCGGCAAGCCGGCUGGGUUCUACAACCGCCAGAUCCAGACCUGGAUCACCAUCUGCGGGAGUCAAGAGAAAGCGGUUGAUGUCGAGUCCAAAGAGCCCGUGGGAAAGCUGCCGUACUUUGAUGAGACGGUGCGCUUCUUCAAGAACGAGCGUUUGCAGCCCAAGGACCGGGCGACACUGGUGCAUGGUGACUACAAGAUCGAUAACCUGAUCUUUCAUAAGACGGAGCCGCGGGUUAUCGGCAUUCUAGACUGGGAGAUGUCGACAGUGGGCCACCCUCUCUCGGACGUGUGCAACAUGAUGACCAACUUCUCCACGGCGCAGUACGAGGGCGCGUCGCCCUACGACACGUCAGGCUUCCUCCCGGGACGGACGCCGGGGCUCCCGCGGCCGGAGCAGAUCCUGGAGUGGUACACGGAGACGAGCGGCUACGACCCGCGCGCGGAGGUGCCCUGGGGCAUGGCGUUCAACAUCUGGAAGCUGGCGGCGGUGUGCCAGGGCAUCGCGGCGCGGUAUGCGGCGCGGCAAGCGAGCAGCGAGAAGGCCAAGCACCACGCCGUGACGAGGGGCCCAAUGGCCGAGUUUGCGUGGGCGUUGGCGAAGAAGGCUGGUGCUGGGGAGACGGGGUCGAGGUUGCACCUACCUACCUAUUUCUUACAGGACCAGCGCAGGCGUAUCCGGCUGCCCACGCCGCCUGCGCCGGCCGAUGAGCGGCGGCCGCUGUUGAGCAGGCUCAGCACCGGCGUUGGCGUCGAGAAUCCAGAGACGCUGUACAGCUGCAUGACGGAUCCUCACAGCCAUCUGCCCGUCUACACCAACAUCCACCGCAUCCGUCGCGACAUCAUCAGCGUCGUCGAGGACUUUCUGAGCCUGGAGCAACUGCAGGACCUCAAGAUCAAUGUCACCGUCGUGAGACCGCUCGUCGACAAGUUCUACGGCCUGGAGGACAUCUCAAUUAUCUACUGCAUGCUGGUCAACCGCGCCCAGUUCCUCGAGGAGCAAUCUCACCUGAACAACCGCCACAAUGUAAACUUCUCGCGGGCCACGCUGUGCGAGCUCAUCGCCACACGCAUCCUCCGCCGCUUCGGUGAGAACCAUCCCGGACCUGAAGGCCUCCUAUUGCUGGCGCACAUUCUCGUUGCCGGCUUCGAGCCGUUCCAGAACGCGCCAGAUGAGAUCCGCGAGGAGGCUGAGCGCACCACCUCAUGGACCCAUCACAAGACGCUGCCGUCGCUCGAGAUCGCCAUUGUGACCGAGAGCAAGCUCUUUUUGAGCUCGACAACCUGCCAAAAGGUCGUCAACGCCAUCUACGAGGGCCGCAUCGUCUACACCCCCUCAACCUUUUGGGAUAUCAUCCCGGACCACUACAAGCUGAAGCCCAUCGCCCUAUACGACCCCCGUGACUCGCCCCUGCUGAACCAGUACCGUCUCAUUGUUCCCCGGACACGAAACAUUCUCGAGUCCAUUCAGUUCACUAUCCUCCUCACUCUCUACAUUGCCGUCAUGGUAUUCAGGAGAAAGGACGGCUGGAGUGCGCUCGAGAUCGCAUUUGAUGUCUUUGCGUUUGGAUGGGCCUUGGAUCAAUUUGCGACUAUCCUGGCACAUGGCUGGAAUGUCUACACGCAAAACCUGUGGUCGUUUCUUGACGUUGCCUUCGUCCUUAUAUACUGGGUCUAUCUCACCCUCCGACUAUAUGGUUGGCAUACGCACGACCUGGGGCCUGCUGAGCAGGCCUACGACGUGCUAGCUCUCGCUGCUCCUGUUCUGGUUCCUCGCCUGGCGUUUAAUCUGCUGCGGGAUAACCUCGUAUUUUUGGCAUUGAGGUCCAUGAUGGCCGAUUUUUUCUUCCUGACAGCCCUCUCCGCCUGGUGCUUCCUCGGUUUCUUGCUCUCGCUGCUCUGGCUUGGCGAGGGAAAUCACCAGCUUGUAACCAUCUCCAAAUGGAUGAUUUACAUAUGGUUUGGGCUCGACGCCACAGGAAUUCAUCGUUCGACUGAGUUCCAUUGGCUCCUGGGACCAAGCGUCAUGGUGGCAUUCGCAUUCCUAGGAAACACCUUGUUUCUUACUAUCCUGGUUUCCAUGUUAUCCAACACAUUUAGCAACAUCUCCACCAAUGCCACCGCUGAGAUCCAGUUCCGCCGAGCUGUUCUCACCCUCGAGGGUGUCAAAGCCGACGCCGUAUUUGCUUACCAACCCCCAUUCAACAUUGUCGCCGUCUUCUUGUUUGUGCCGCUCAAGUUCAUUGUGAGCCCGCGAUGGUUCCACAAGAUCCACGUUGCAGCAGUCAAAUUCAUCAACCUGCCCCUUCUGCUCAUCAUCGCUGUUGCCGAACGUCGCUUGCUCUGGCCCCCUCGCCAGAUCAAUGAGCCUAGACCGGAGUUGAAGACGCCGCCGACAAAGAGCCGGUUUUGGAAGAAGUGGCGGUUGACCGUCCACCGGGAUAUCCGAGCCGUGUUCCAGGUCCCACCUCCGGACGAAGUCCAGAGCGACAUUGCAGUUGAUGAUGAUCUGACUCACCACCUCAUCCGCAGGCAAUUCCAGCGGAGUAACACAAACGAACCACAGCCAAAGCAGCUAUCACGCAGAGACUCCAUGUUCCCGGGCAUUUCGCAGAAGCUGCGGGGCUCAUUCACCGAAACGGAAGACCUCGAGGGCAUGGCGGAGAGGCUUGAUAACAUGGAGCAAUCGAUGCGUCGGAUGGAGGCUAUGAUGGCACGGUUGCUGCCUGAUAUCGAGGAGGCGAUCGAGGACGAGAUGGACGAGAGUGGGACAUUGAGGGACGCGACUACAACGCAGUCGUCGUUAGGGGAGAUGGUAGAAUAACUUGGAUAAACAUUGUCAUGGCGUUUGAUACCCAUUUCUCUCAGAAUAUCUAGUAAAACCAAGAAUGAAUAGAGCAACUACCCAUGCAUUUG